UCAUUGUCUGAAUGCGAAGAAAAUGUCCCCAGAGGUAAACUUGACUUUUCAAUGGCGCAUAACACUUAGUCCAGAGAAGCUGAAUUAGAGAAAGAUGAACAGAAUGAAGGCUGGUAGCAAGGGGAGAAGUUGAAAGUCAGAAGUGGAGGGGAAAUGAGAGGCUGAAUCAGUGCCUGGAGUUUAGGGAAGGAGCACUGUUUUUUUGUUUUUUUUCUUUUGGUGGUGGUUUGUUGGUAGAAGAAGGAAGUCAGAAUUGAUGUAUUGUGGAGCAGUUCUAUUUAAAACAGAAGAUAAAGACAGACUUUCCUGAAAAGAAAUAACAUCAGUAAAUGAAAUGCUGUUUCUGCAAAUUUCAUUGCUAGCAGUUCUCCUCGCAGCUGGUGACAAUGAAGAUGCCUUCCAGGAGGAGAUCUCCUUCAAAAUGAUCCACACCUCAUCCUUCUACAACCAUUCCUGGGUGAAAAUUCAGAACUCUGCUUGGUUGGAUGACUUGCAGACUCAUGGCUGGGACACCAACUCUGGCAGAAUUAUUUUCCUGCGUCCUUGGUCCAAGGGCAACUUGAGCAAGGAAGAGAUAAAAGAACUGGAAGAAUUCUUCCAUGGGUUACCCAUGCCUCAAGAAAUUCACAGACAUGCCAGUCAAUGGAAGUUUAAAUAUCCCUUUGAGAUUCAGAUAACAUUAGGAUGUGAGCUGCACCCUGAGCGAGCCAUAGUAGGCAUCUAUGGAUUCGCUUAUCAAGGAUCAGAUCUCCUGCAAUUCCAGAACAAUUCAUGGCUGCCAUCUCCAAAGGGUGGAACAAGAGCUCAGGAUGUGAGCAGAGUAUUCAAUCAGUACCAUGUCACCAAGAGAGAAGUAUAGAGCAUUCUAAGUGACACCUGCCCACGAUUCCUCUUGAGUAUUCUUGAUGCAGGGAAGGCAGAUCUCCAGAGACAAGUAAAACCAGAGGCCUGGCUGUCCACUGGCCCCAAUCCUGGUCCUGACCAUGAGAUGCUGGUUUGUCAUGCCUCUGGCUUCCACCCAAAGCCAAUUUGGAUAAAGUGGAUACGAGAUGAACAGGUAUAACAGGGCACUCAACAAAGUGGUAUCUUGCCCAAUGCUGAUGGGACAUGGUACCUUCAGGUUUUCUUGGAUGUGGAAGCCACUGAGACAUCUGGCCUGUAUUGCCGGGUGAAACAUAGCAGCCUAGGAGGCCAGGACAUCCUCCUCCACUUGGAACAUCAUCAUAACUCCGUGGGCUUGAUCAUCUUGGCAGUGAUGGUGCCCCUGGUGCUUCUGACAGCUCUUGCAUUUUGGCUUAGGAAGCGCUGGUGA